UUACACAAAACUGUGUGCCACUGGAGUAUGAUGGAAAUGGAGUUGGAAAUGAAGGAUUUCAAGUCGCACUCCCAAUGGGAAACCAAUGUGGAUGCUGGAAACAGACUUCUGGAAACGCAGGCCCAGGUCGACGAGGUGGUGGGCAUAAUGAGGGUGAAUGUUGAGAAGGUACUGGAACGCGAUCAGGCUUUAUCCGAACUAUCCGAACGGGCUGACCAACUGGAACUGGGUGCCUCCCAAUUUGUUCGUCAGUCCGGCAGAUUGAAGCGCAAACACUGGUGGGCCAAUAUCAAGAUGAUCAUAUUUCUGGGCAUAAUCGCCAUAAUCCUACUUGUAAUUUUAUUGGUCUACAUUUGGCCAACUGGCGGUGGUGAAGGAUCGAAAGUUAUUACGGAAGGGCCAAAGAAGUAUAAAAUGUAA